UUCCGGGUCUCGCCUUUCAAGUGUUUCGGCGCGAAUCGCUCAGCGCGCAGACUUCGGAAAGAUUCUGUAGGACUUCUAAGUGAGUGGAGAGAACGCAUAGUGCACUGGUUUUUUGGGAAUCCCUAUUAGAAUUGGUCUGUUUUCAUCAAGAUGUCUGGCAAAGAAAAUACUUCCAAGAAAAAAUCUCAACAGUUAAAAAAAUAUUUAAAAAGAAAAAUUCAUGAAGAAGAAACAGAUUUAUUAGAGAAAGAGGUUAGAAACACAAAGAAAAGAAAUAAAAAGCAUCUAUCUUCUGAAGAAACAAGACAAAAAGACCAUACUAAUCUAAAACAGAUAAAGAUAGCACCAAACAGGAGAAAAAACUGGCAACCUCUUCCAAAGAGUAGUAGAGAGCUUUUGCAAACCAUGAUGGAACCAAUAAUAAUAGAAAUUUUGAGUAAGCAUAGGAAAGAGCAUGACCAAAUUCAUUAUCAUCUUCACGACCUGAAGAAAAGAUUGCUCCAUCAGUGUGAUACCCUGCAAGUCCCCCCCAAAACAAUAAAAGACUUAACUAAUGUAUCAAAUCUACUGAAAAUGGAAAGAACACAGAACAGAGCUAACGAAGAAGGUCUGGCAUUAUUGCAGGAAGAAAUAGAUAAAAUAGUAGAGACCAUAGAGUCAAUGACUGGAAGUAUUCAGAGCCUACAGAACAAAAUUCAAAUUCUGACAAGCCAGGUAGAAGAAGAGGAGGAAAAAUUAAAGCAGGUGCUUCAAAUAGGUAACACUGGGGAACUCUCUCUUCCAAGACUUUCUCAGAAGAGUCUCAAAGUACCCACACUUCAGGAAGAAAUUCUGACAUUAAUUCCAAACAAGAACGCUCUUCUGAAAGACUUGGAUGUUCUCCACAAUUCACCGCAGAUGAAGAACAUGUUAAUUUUCUUUGAAGAAACCUAUAAGAGAUUGGAUGCUUUUAAAAGAUUGGAUGCCAUAGUAACUUAAUUUUUAUGAAUUUGUAAAACUGUUAACCUGUAAUAUGAGGCGUCCUCAGGAAUUGUUGUAUCCUAAUAUGCACUUUAAAAUUAGCCACUGUAGAUCUACCAUUAGCAUCUAAUGACAUCUUAAUUUUUUUUUUUUUAAUAAUUGCCAAGUCUAGGAACUCGCAUUUAUUUGCUUUACCUACAGUUUUCUGCCUGAAACCAUAAAUAAGGGCAGUCACAAUCUCAUGGGCUGUGACAACUGAAUAAAGCACUUAUUGGUGAAAAUAUGAUACUGUCAAUAUGUAUAUAUAGUAUCUAGUACAUAAAAUGUAGGGAUUA